GGAGCGCGCAGACGCGCAGCGGCUGGCCGACUGUCGGGUGCCGGGGACUGACUGCUGCGCUGCAUGAGCUAUGGGGCUCACCGCCAGGGAGCUUGUCUCGUCGCUUCUGGGGCUGGGGCUGCUGCUGUGCAGCUGGGGGUGCCCCGGGAGCGCCGAGCGACGGGCCCCGCCGGAUAAGAUCGCAAUUAUUGGAGCUGGAAUUGGUGGCACUUCAGCAGCCUAUUACCUGCGGCAGAAAUUUGGGAAAGGUGUGAAGAUUGAUCUGUUUGAAAGAGGAGAGGUGGGAGGCCGUCUGGCCACCUUGACUGUGCGGGGGCAAGAAUAUGAGGCAGGAGGUUCUGUCAUCCAUCCUUUAAAUCUGCACAUGAAGCGUUUUGUCAAGGACCUGGGUCUCUCUACUGUGCAGAGCUAUGGUGGCCUAAUGGGGGUGUAUAACGGAGAGAGACUGGUGUUUGAGGAGAGCAGCUGGUUUAUAAUUAACAUGAUUAAACUAAUUUGGCAGUAUGGGUUUCAGUCCCUCCGAAUGCACAUGUGGGUAGAGGAUGCAUUAGACAAGUUUAUGAGGAUCUACCGCUACCAAUCUCAUGACUAUGCCUUCAGUAGUGUUGAGAAGUUACUACAUUCUCUAGGAGGGGACGAAUUCCUUGGAAUGCUUAACCGAACACUUCUUGAAACCUUGCAGAAAGCAGGCUUCUCUGAGAAAUUCCUCAAUGAAAUGGUUGCUCCUGUCAUGAGGGUCAAUUUUGGCCAAAGCAUGAACAUCAAUGGUUUUGUGGGGGCAGUGUCAAUGUCCUGUGCUGAUUCUGGCCUUUGGGCAGUAGAAGGUGGUAAUAAACUUGUUUGCUCACGGCUCCUUGAGGCUUCCAAAGGCAACCUUAUACAUGGCUCAGUAAUGUACAUAGAGGAGAAAACAAGAACCAAGCAGACGGGAAAUCCCACAAAAAUGUAUGAAGUGGUCUACCAAACUGGAUCUGAGACCCGUUCAGACUUCUAUGACAUCGUCUUGGUGGCUACUCCCUUGAAUCGAAAAAUGUCCAAUAUAACUUUUCUCAACUUUGAUCCUCCAAUUGAGGAAUUCCAUCAAUAUUACCAACAUAUAGUGACAACUUUAAUUAAGGGGCAAUUGAAUUCAACAAUUUUUACCUCUAGACACUUAGAUGAGUUUGAUCUCAGUACAAUCUUAACCACUGAUAGUUCAGAUUUGUUCAUUAACAGCAUUGGGAUUGUGUCCUCAGUAAGAGAAAAUAAUCCUCAACCAUCAAAAGGUGGGACAUAUGUUUGGAAGAUCUUUUCCCAAGAAAUUCUUACUAAAGAACAAAUUUUAAAGCUCUUUUUGUCCUACGAUUAUGCUGUGAAGCAGCCGUGGCUGGCAUAUCCUCACUAUAAGCCUCCGGAGAAAUGCCCCCCCAUCGUCCUCCACGAUCGACUGUAUUACCUCAAUGGCAUAGAGUUUGCAGCAAGUGCCAUGGAGAUGAGUGCCAUUGCAGCCCACAAUGCCGCUCUCCUUGCCUAUCACCGCUGGAACGAGCACGCACACAUGAUUGACCAAGAGGACUUAUACGAGAAACUGAAAACUGAACUAUGAAAUAACAUUGUCACUCCCCCCACCCCCGCCUUGGUUCCGAAUGGAAUAUUAUUGGCAAAAAAGAAUACAAUCUGAGAUGAUUUUGAAGCAGAUGUUUUGCCAUUAUCAUUGUUUAACUGAAGUCAUCCCAGAGAAUCAAGAGAAAAUACAAAGUUCUAAUUAAGUGUGAAAGUAUAAUGCAUUUAUGCCAUCUCCCAAAUUUCUUAACUCUUCUUUUAAUAUCCAUCAAGAUUGUUUCCAAGCUUGUCUGAUCUUAAGAAUCAUGUGGAGUUUGUUAAUCGUAAGAGAUUCUCUUGCUUCUCUGGUUAAUCAGUGGAUCUGGGGGUGGGGCCCUGGAUUUUAAACAAGACUUUAGAGGAUUUUAAGCUGAGCACUUGAGGAAGAAUUUAAAGACGUUAUCUUUUAGUUGGGGACUAGUUCAUUUGCAGUUCAUGGCUGGAUGUGAUCUUCAGAUAGUGAAAACUAUUAUGGAAGCUGGUGUGUCAUGCCUGGCUUUAGUAAUUGAUACCUUUUCAAAGUAAAUCUGCCAUGCCUGAAGCCUUGACUUUCAGAAUGUUCUUUGGAUUCUGUUUCAGUUUUAUUAGGGGUGACAUUUCAAAGUUUUAGUGGUAUAACCUUAAGAUGUCAUAAAAAAUCUCAAGUAAAAUGAAAAGCCAGGCUAUUGAUUUAAAGAAUUGGCAUUCUAUCAUCAAAUCCUCACUUAUGAAGCUUUCACAAAUACUGGUAGAUCCUCACAAAGAUUCUGAUUUAUUGGAUGGAGGAGAGGACCUCAGCAUUGUAGCUUUUUAAAGUUCCUAAUGUUGAGAAUUGCUGAUGUGGGGGUUUAAGAUGUGUUCAAAGGGUUUUCAGUGCCUUUAAAGUCCCAAGAAACCCAAUCCGUUAUUAAAGCAGAUCCAUUUUGCAAAGAAUGAUUUCUCUCAAUGAGAACUCAAGUAGUAAUCUUCAUAGUAAGAAGCAUCGACAGUCUAAUAGCAGAGGCAACUUUGUUUACUCCAGAGCACUUGACAAUAGAGUAGGAUAUUCAGAAUGACACUACGCUUGAUCAAAUCCAGCAUAUGCCCAAACUCCUGAAUGCUUCUAAAGCUACUGUAGCAUUUUGGGUGAGAAAUUCACUGCUGAAAUCUUUUAAGGUCAUAGUUCUCAAAUUUGGCUGCAAGUUGGAAUCACCUAUAGGACUUUAAAGCUUCCUGAAUGAUUCUAAUAUGCAGCCAAACUUGAGAACCAGUUCUACAUCCACUGUGCAACGAUCAUGAAUGACUGUUCUUAUACUUGUGAAUUCUAAAAGUAACUGCAACCAAGUUAACGUGUCCUGUUAAAAAAAAAAAAAGUCCUUUACCAGAUUAUGGCAGUAACUACUUUAGCAAAAUGGUCUAAGAGAACAUUGAUUCUUAGUUAAAAUGAUUUCUUCUCUACUACAAUUGUGAAUAUUAACAUGCUGAUAAAACUGCCAAGAUAGAGUUGAUGUAAAGGCAGGGAUUAAAUUUUGUUUGUCAAAGCGUGAGCUUUUUUCUAAUUUUAUUCUUAACAAGCCUAAGACGCAUUCAAGCUUUUUUCCUUUUGUGGUUUUAAUGAAGACAAUACAGAGAAUGUCAUACUGUGUUAUGUGUAUGUUAAAGAUUGGUAAAUACUAAUGAAAUAAUUUAUUUUCUA